AUUAAAGGGUUUCCUCAGCGGGGAAACCACGCGAUAAAGUUGAUUGGAAUCACCUGCGCGCGUGAUCAGCAGCGGCGGCACGUGCGCAGUCGGUGUGGACCCGGAGCUGUCGGCCGAGAGUUUCUCUUGUGUUUUCACUGGUUCUGCUGGUUGAAGUGUCAUGGAAAAGCAGACGUCCGUGUGUGUGCGCGCAGUCUUGCUGUUGCUGCUGGCGCUGGUCACCUGUCCCCUCCGGGCCGUGCACAGCCUGGACCAGCUGACUCAGCAGCCCUACGACAGCAUCUUCUCCCCGCUCUUCAGAGCCCUGUCCGAGCACGGGGGCUCCAGGUGGAACCCGGGCCUCGUCAGAAAGAUCAAACCCGAGCACAGGUACGUCCGGUACCUCACCGACGUCUACAAGUCAUCGUCCAGAGAGAAGGGCAGCGCGGACGGAAAUCACUCCUACAAUACGAUCCGGCUGAUCAAGCCCCGGGAGGAAUGUUUUACACACAGUCACGAAGAGAAUUUCACACAAGCUGUUUCCUACAAUUUGGACCAAGUGAAGAGAAAAGAACGGCUCCUUAAGUCGGCCCUGUUGUACAACUUUGACCAUGCUGGUGAGAUGUCUCUGAGCACGAUGUGCUACCUGAGUGUCACGGAGCAGGAGCACUCGGACCAGUGUCGGCCGUGUCCUGAUGUCCUGCAUGCAGUGAAUUUCACAGGCAGGAGGAACAAGAGAAACUGGGUAGAAGUUGACGUCACAGCUUUCCUCCAGCCUCUCUUGAAGUUUCAAAAAAAGACUUUACACCUGCUCAUCAACAUCACCUGUCUGGUGGACCAAAGUGCAAUGGCUGAUGGGCACAAAGAACACCAAAAAUUCACCAUAAGGUCGCCUCCUCUGCUUCUUUAUCUCCACGAUGCCAGCAAAACAGCCCACCAGAGGUCAGCCAGUGUCGGCAGAGCAGGUCCUAAAGCUUCCGCUGCCCUGAACGCUUUUCACAAGAGGAUCAUUUUCAAAACAGAACACAUGAUGAAGCACAAGAGGAGAUGGAAGAGGCACUCUCCAAAAAGCCAGAGAGGCGAUAAAACCCUGAAUUUCCACCUCCCCGAACUGCUUCCAAGUUCAGAAUUCCCGACGAGCGAGUGUGCUUUGUACGACUUCAGGGUGCACUUUAGCCAGCUGAAACUGGACCACUGGAUUGUCUUCCCACCAAAAUACAACCCAAGGUUCUGCAGAGGUAUCUGCCCGAGAACGCUGGGUUUCAUGUACGGUUCACCUGUCCACACAAUGUUACAAAACAUCAUAUACGAGAAGCUUGACUCCUCUGUGCCCAGACCUUCAUGUAUUCCAUCCCACUACAGCCCGCUGAGCGUCAUGAUCUUCCAAGAGGAUGGCUCUUAUGUCUACAAGGAGUUUGCCGACAUGAUUGCGACUCGGUGCACAUGUCGCUAGCCACUUUUCAAUGUGGUCUUUUUCUUUUUUCUUUUUUUUUUCUUUUUUUAACAAGCUGAAUGCAUCAUCACAAAUCUCCCUUAAACAGUAUAUUACAGGGGGCGCUCUUCUUCUGAGUGCCUCAUUGUACAACUAUCAGACAUAUUGACCAGCCUCUGCGGUUUCAUGAAUUUCUAGUCUUUGAGCAUAAAAAAA